GACUUGCGUAAAGUCUUUCCUCUUAGAAUUUUGUGAGAUCGUGCACUACUCUCUACAUUGGUCACUCAAACGUUCAGAAAUGUUGAGAUUUUUAUCACUACUUCUUGUUCUAGCCAUCACCCUAGCUUCAGCUGACGUUGAAAAAACCUCGAUUAAACCGUCACCAACAACUUCACAUUCUAUGAAUCCAUCGCAAUCGAAUGCAACUUCUACAUCAACAUUUUCUACAAUUGCAAGUGAGACAUCAUCAGCAUCAGUAUCACCUUCAAUUUCACCAAGUCCAACAUCUUCAAUGCCCUCCUCAUCAGCCAGUCCCACACCCAAACCAACUACCAAACCUACCAGCCAACCUACCACCAAGCCUCCAGUUGAUGGAGACUAUAGUGUUAAAGACGAAGAUGGCAAUUACUGUCUUUUGGCAAUGUUGGAUGUUUCUUGUAUGGUUAAAUAUGAAGACAAUGAAAAUCAUACAUCCAUGGUUACAAUUCAUAUGCCAAUCAAAAAGACAAUGUUUAGCACAAACGAAAGUGUAUGUGGUGCCAAUCCUAUUCUAAGCAUUAGCUGGCCUCAGCACAAACCAUUGUAUCAACUUAAAAUGGUAUUUAAGGGCUUAAAGGCAAAAGGUGCUACCAAUACUACUACUGGAUGGGAAGUCAGCCAAAUUGAUUUUACGGCAAAAACAAAGAACAAUCCACAAUUCCCCAAUGCAACAGAAGAGAACGUCACUGUCAGUGUAACUAACAGCACAGAAUUGGCUGGACUGAAUGUUAAAUCAGAAGGGUACUACAUGUGCGCUGCUAAUCGCACAUAUCCAUCAAUGCAUGGACAGUUGUUCUUCAAGUAUGUCAAAUUGCAGCCAUUUGGAGUUAAACCUAGUAACACAUCUGAAUUUUGUGGCAAAGAAUUUAAUUGUGAGACAGCUCCAACUCCAGCACCAAAAAGCAAAGAUAACAACAUAGUACCCAUAGCGGUUGGUUGUGCUUUAGCUGGUCUUGUCCUUAUUGUCCUUAUUGCAUACAUUAUUGGACGUAGAAAGAGUCAAAGAGGAUAUGAAAAAGUUUAGGUUCCGCACAGUUGAUAUCUGAGGCAAAUUGCAAAUCAUUUUCGUACAUGUUUCAUAAUUUUCUAAAAAAUGUCAACAAGGACAAGUCAUUGAGUGUAACAAAUUAUCAGUAUUACACACCACUGAUUAGAACAAAAAACUGUCAAAAAGGAUAUUAAGUAUUAGAGGUUUCCACAAGCCUGUGUGAUAUAACUCACCUUACAGUAGUUUCUAAUAGUGCCCAGUUCUAUAAUUUUGUUUGUUCUAGCUAGUUUUAAUUCUCAGCUAAAUGAAAAUUACUCAAAGAACAAUGUUAAAUUUAUCUCAUGUGAUUUUGUUAAAAGGUUUGUUUAUUUGGAGUGAGCUAGAUUUAGGAUACAGCUGUUUUCUUUGGUUUGUUUGUUUCAAUCCUUAGCAAACAUAAGAUUUCAAGAAAAAAUAUGCUGAUCUGGGUCAGCUCAGCCCAUUUAAACAACCUCACAAACUUGUUCUGGUAUAAUAAAUUGGACUUGACAAAGAAUGUAAUAUAAAGAGUAUGUAUACAGUACUUAUCUGCUCAUAAGAGCCUAAAAAUAACGAUUUCUUUCUUAUGCAAAUAAGAACCUGUUUAAAAACCUGAAUAUACAAAAGCCCACUAAACACCAUUUAUACAAGAACUUGUUUAGGCUAACAUGGAAUUAUCUAGAUAAGCAGGUAAGCUCUGUAUUACAAUCAUAACUUGAAUUUUGUUUUAUAACAUUAUAAAAAAGGGGAUUUUCCCUCACUUGACACUA